AUGGCUGGCCAGCCGUUUACCAGCGACAGUGUCGCGGAACUCAUCAACAUUGGUAGCUGUGUCCUAGUCGACCUGAACUUCUUCUUGCGAGAUUGUUUCAACACCCACGCCACAAUCGAGCCCAUGAAGUCAAGGCUACGAGAGCUUCAAGCAGUCGUCGACCGAGCAAACACAUUCGCCAAGUGGGCCAUGACCAGCCCUGAAGUUAGAUCUGGCAUCAACACUCAUGUCAGCAUAUGCACCGAAAAUAUCAACAAACUAAAAGGUGACUUAGGCCAGCACACGGCGAAGAACUGCUGGGCCGCUGGAUCGAACAUGAUGUUCAAGGACACAACACUCAGGCAUGCGAACCGUGUGACGGAGUCCCUCACCGCCUUGGGCUUGAACUGCAAUAUUGCACUGAAGUCAUUCAAGCGCUGUAGUGUCAAUGACAGCAGAGACUC